AUGUCCUGCUAUGACCUCUGUCCUCCCACCUCCUGUGGCCCAACCCCACUGGCCAACAGCUGCAAUGAGCCCUGUGUCAGGCAGUGCCAGGAAUCCACCUAUGUGAUCCAACCCCCUCCUGUGGUGGUCACCCUGCCUGGACCCAUCCUCAGCUCCUUCCCCCAGAACACCGCUGUGGGAUCCACCACCUCUGCUGCUGUUGGCAGCAUCCUGAGUGCUGAAGGAGUGCCCAUCAACUCCGGGGGCUCCUUGGGAUUUGGGAGCUUUGGAAGCAGCUACAGCCGACCCUACCGUGGCUACAGCACCUACAGCAGUGUCUGUGGUCAGCCCUGUUAA